AUGUCUGAACGUGGCAAAAAACCCACAGAGCUCUUCCUUGUGCCAAAGAAAACCAAAUCAGCCAAGGCUGGUCUGCAGUUCCCUGUGGGUCGUGUCUACAGGCUCCUUAAAGGAGGGAACUACGCUGACAGGAUCGGUCCUGGCGCUGCCAUCUACCUGGCUGCGGUGCUGGAGUACCUGAGCGCGGAGAUCCUGGAGCUGGCAGGGAACGCUGCACGGGAAAACAAGAAAGCCAGGAUCCUGCCCAGGCACAUCCAGCUAGCUGUGAGAAACGAUGAGGAGCUGAACAAGCUCUUCUCCUGCGUGACCAUUGCUCAAGGAGGGGUGUUACCUAAUGUUCUUCCUGAACUUCUUCCUAAGAAGACCAUCUCUCUUAAACCGCCCCAUAAAUAUGUCCAGUCACAGGAGUUCUAG